AUGAGCCUCAAAUCUAUCUAUCAACGGUUUCUCGAGGCCCCCAAUCCCAUCAGCCUGUCUGACGAUGCCACUUUCCACUAUAUCACCACCCUGACCUCUUUCUCGAGUCCUGCGGCUAUCGUUCGCCACCUCGAGACACAGAACAAAAAGAUUGUGCAGACAAAGUGUGCCAAGGUGAUUUCAGCCAUCGAGGGGCACCAUUCUCUUGCGCUGGAAGUAGAGACAGUGCUAGAAUUUAUUUCGGGCGGAGGUGCAUACCUCCCUGGCUUGGAGAACUAUAUUGUAGACAAGAUUGCCAUCAUUCCAACGACUCAUAUGGUGUAUUUUGACGCUGAGAGCAAAAUUUCACAUGUCCGCAUCACGUGGGAUCAGGGUUCUUUGUUGAAACAAGCAGAAGUAAUCGGAUCCAGAGGCAGGAACUGGCCUGUCUUCGAUGGCAAGGACCAGAUCCGACUGAUCAGCUCGGGUCUGCCUGAGGAUUCCGAUGGCACUAGCCCUCGUGGUCGAUCGGUGAAUCCCAGUAUUGAAACUUCGCGGAGCACAUCUCCCAGCAAGAAAUACAUCAAAGACCCACAUGCCAGUCUCGAUCUUUUCUCACCGAGGGCGGUGGAUGAGAACACGCCGCUUAGUGGUCCCAAUGCAGUGGCACCCCGGGCCUCAGCAAAACCCGCUCCUCGAGAAAUGAGCGAACUCUUUGCAGCCGGCCAUGAAGAUCACGAGCCUGGAUCGCCCAAGAAAGCACCAGUCAACGUUCCCGUCACCGCUCCCAAAGGGCGCAGCCAGCAGAAGUUUGCACCAUCUCGAUUGUUUGGCGAUGACCCAGAUGAGCCUGCCGCGGUACCCUACAAAUCGAAUCCAGCCAAGUACAAUCAUUUUGACAUAGGAGAAGUCAACGAGAACGACCCCAUGCAGUAUCAUGAAAGUCCCCCAAAGCCAAAGCCUGCAGUACCAUUCAGAGGCAAAUCUGCAAAGCAUGGGCCUCAGUGGGAAUUCCAGGACUUCUACACCCCAGCCAAAGUAGGGCAAAAGGUUCGAGAUCAUGACGUGGUUCAUUUCAGUCUAGACAACGCAGGCAAUAACCCAGAGACUCCUGCCGCUCGAGGGGCUAAGCCGCGCCGAGAUAACGAGACUCACUUUGAGCUUCGAGACGAUGGUACGCCUAUUGAACGACACCCCGUUCACAAGCCGCGGAAGGAUGCUGAGACACAUUUCCAGUUCAAAGAUACUGACACCCCAGCCGCCAGCCGCACAGGGCGCCCAACCAGCUCAGCAAGUGACCGAAUGGGACUAUACACCAAUAAUCUGUAUGACGAGGACGACACCCCGCGACAGCAAGAAAAGGCACCAUUGGCAACCAUCACAAACAACAAAGGCCGUAAAAAUGACUUUGACAGCCACUGGACGAUGACAGACCAACCACCGGCCGCGGAAAAAGUCAGCAAUGAAAACAAGCUCCCUGGUGGCGACCAUGCGAGGGCUGUGAAAAUGAUGAAUUCUCAAUGGGAUAAUCCAGACGAGUCCCCGGAGCCUCUCAAGGCGCCAGGUAGACCGUCACAUCUGAAGAAGGGCCUCGAGAGUCAUUGGCAAAUGGGCGGCGACGAGUCGGUCAACGUCAAAGCCAACGACAAGAAUCACAAAAAGAAUUUCUGGGACUUCUGA